AUGGCUCUUGUCCAACGUUUUGGAAAACUUGAUUUAUUUAUAACCAUUACAUGUAAUCCUGAUUGGCAAGAAAUUCAGCAUGAGUUGCAGCCAGGACAAUCUGCACAAGAUAGGCCGGACUUAACAACACGUAUUUUCAGGGCAAAAUUGCAAGAUUUAAAGGAUCAAUUAUUUAAAAAAUCUGUUUUUGGAGGCGUGGCUGCAUAUAAUUGUCAUAUAAAUGUUGAGAUAUGUUCUGGAAUCAAGGCAGUGAAAUACAUUUACAAAUACAUCUACAAAGGGCAUGACAAAAUUUCAGUUUCAUUUUCGCAACAGAAUGCACAGAAUAAUUUUGAUGAGAUUCAACAUUAUCAAGAUGGAAGAUGGGUAUCUGCACAAGAAGCACUAUGGAGAAUAUUUGAAUUUGAUUUAAAUGAGAUGUAUCCAUCAGUAUGUAAUUUACAAUUACAUUUAGAGGAAAAACAACCCAUUUACUACAAGGACAAUCAGAAUUUGCUUGACAUAUUAAAAAUAAAUAUAAAGAAAAAAACUAUGCUUACAGAGUUCUUCAAUCUCAACGAAAUAGAUUCAGAGGCAAGAAAAUAUUUAUACAGAGAAAUUCCUGAGAAAUAUGUGUGGGAUAAAACAAAAAAAAGUUGGAAGAGAAGACAAAAAUAUGAGCAAAUUGGUCGUAUUAACACAACAAAUCCAACAGACGGCGAAAGAUAUUAUCUGAGGAUUUUGUUAAAUCAUGUGUACGGACCUACAUCUUUUUCUGAUUUGUUACACGUUAAUGGAAUACAUUGUUCAACAUUCAAAGAAGCUGCAGAGAAACAUGGUUUGCUUGAAAUGGAUAAUUAUAUAACAGAGUGUUUAAAUGAUGCAUCCGUUUAUCAAAUGCCAUAUGCAUUCAGACAAUUAUUUGUUGUUAUUCUCAUUUAUUGUGAGCCAACUAAUGUUCGCCAAUUAUGGAUUGACUACUAUAAGGAUUUGUCUCAGGAUUAUCAAAACAAUAGUAUGAUUACUGAUGAAGAAUGCAUGGUGAAAACAUUAUCAGAUAUCAAAUUAUGUCUUGAAAGAAUGGGGAGUUCCCUUGAUGAAUAUGAUUUGCCAAAAAUGCCAAUUAUAGAAAAUGACUCUAUUGAAAGUAAUGUCGAUCUUCAUAAUAAAGAAGUAAUAGAAGAGAUAAAUGUGGUUAGUACUAUUGAAGAUAUAAAUAGAAAAACAUAUUUAUAUCGUGCUAUACUUGCAACUUUGAGAAGUAAUGGUCAUAUAGCAGUACUAGCAACUGCUACGUCAGGAGUAGCAGCAUCAAACUUGCCUGGAGGUCGAACAGCGCAUUCAAGAUUUAAAAUUCCUAUAAAUUCAACGGAAAGCCGUAUGUGUGCAAUUCCUAAGCAAAGUGGACUUGCUCAGUUGCUCAUUAAAUCAAGUAUUAUAAUUUGGGAUGAAUUACCUAUGGUAAAACGUACAGCAAUUGAAUCUUUAGACAGGACUCUCAGAGAUAUUAUGAAUAACUCUAAAUACUUUGGUGGUAAAAUUAUUGUAUUUGGAGGUGAUUUUCGACAAGUAUUACCAGUGGUCAGACGUGCAUAA